AUGGGUGUCCGCCGCUGUGUGCCUUCAACUAUUCUCCGUCCCGAAGACAUCUGCGAUAUCCGCAUUACCACUACUGGCAAUGAAUUCGAUAAAUAUCCAGCCAAGUCCCAUGCGCGCAAGACAGCGCUGAAGCUCGAGGAAUCCGCUGGCCUUAUUUACCUCGCCGGCCAACCCACAAUCAAUUGGGGUGAUUCGGACCAACCGCGAACAUUUCGCCAGAGGCGAUACUUCUACUAUAUCACUGGAGUAGACGAAGCCGAUUGCUACGUGACCUACGAUAUCCAAAAUGACCUCUUGACACUCUACGUUCCGGACUUUGACCUGCAUCGCGCAAUAUGGAUGGGGCCGACCCUGACAGUGGAGGAGGCACAACAACGUUACGAUGUGGACCGCGUUCGUUAUUAUGCGUCCUUACCAGGCGAUAUCCAGGCAUGGGCCAACAAGUAUAACGACUCCAGCCCUAUCUACAUCCUCCAUGAUACCCAGAAGCCCAACAUACCAACCAACAAGAACCUCCGCUUAGAUGAUGCACGACUGCUUCCUGCGAUGAAUCUGGCCCGGAUGGUCAAAGACGAAUACGAGAUUCGGAUGAUUCGUCAUGCUAACCGGAUAUCUGGGCUGGCGCAUCGCAAGAUCCUAGAGGACAUACACCUAAUGAGCAAUGAGACGGAGAUCGAGGGCUCGUUCUUGGACACGUGUGUAUCACACGGCGCAAAGCAUCAGUCUUAUGAAAUAAUUGCCGGCUCUGGGGAAAAUGCAGCCGUCCUGCAUUACGUGAAGAAUGACGAUCCCCUCGAAGGAAGACAGCUGGUCUGUCUGGACGCGGGUGCAGAGUGGAAUUGCUAUGCCAGUGACGUGACCCGAACGAUUCCCCUGGGACGAGAUUGGCCCAGUGAGCGCGCCAGAGACAUCUACCACAUAGUAGAGGAUAUACAAGAGCAGUGUAUAAGAUUUGCACUCGUGGGCCGGAGCUUUUCCAUGCUACAGCAAAUGGCCAGAUUCUACACAGUGAAAGGACUAUGGCGACUGGGGAUUCUACAAGGUGGCAAUUUAGAUGAAAUCUGCAAAUCGGGGGCGGCCAGUGUCUUCUUUCCUCAUGGACUAGGUCAUCAUGUGGGACUGGAAGUCCACGAUGUGACUGCAAAAUCCAACACGGCGCUAGACCAGAGUACCAUAUGCCUAGGCGGCUUUGGCUCUGUGCCUGCCGAUUACAGCCAAGAGGAAAACAUGCAUUCGAAUUCCGAGGCGUUUGAGGACGGAAUGGUGAUCACUGUUGAACCUGGGAUCUACUUUUCCCGACUGGCUCUGGAGAAUGCAUGCAAGCAGCCGUUGGCGAGGUACAUUAAUUUCGAAGAAGCAGAAAAGUAUAUCUCCGUGGGAGGUGUACGUAUUGAAGACGACAUCUUGAUUACUCGCGAUGGACCCGAAAACCUGACCACGGCACCAAAGGGGGAGGAAAUGAUGGAGAUCAUCCGUCGCGGGUUCGACAGUACUUAA